AACAAUGAACCAUAGGAUUUAAAAAUAUACUUUUUUACUUUUUAUUAAAAAAAAAAAAAAAAAAUGAAAUGGAAAGAGAGAGAGAGAAAAAAAGGAGAAAUUUUAAACUUCGUUCAAAAAAUACAAACAUAGUCCAGCCAUUAACUAAGUUGAAUCACCAAACAGAAGAAACAACGUCACACGCUAAAGAAAAAUGGAGCGUUCUAACCAACACUAUUCGAAUUACAACAAAUUUAGUUAAAAAAUACGAUUUUACCAACAGGUGGACAAAUAAAGAGCUAUCUACAAUUGAUAUACGUCGUGGAGUUCAUCACUUGUGUUUAUUAAACGAUCUAGACGACACGAACAAAAGCCAAUCUAGCAAAAAGAGUAUCGGGGAUAUUAUUAAGAAUAAUUCUUUAAUCAAAUACUUUUGUAAUUUGGCAAAAAAAAACGACAAAGAGAAAUUAGUCGACUUUAAGCAUUUAAGUCAACUGCUUCAUUCAGGAGUAGACAUUAAUGCUACUGAUAAACAUGGACAAAGUGCCAUGCACGAGGUGGCUAGAAUAUGGCACACUGACGUGGCAAAAUUUCUACUAACUCAUGGUGCAGCGAUUGAUAAACCUGAUAAUUUUGGGAGAACUCCUCUGCAUGUAGCAAGUGCUGUUGAUUUUCCAGAAAUGGUUUCAUUUUUAAUUGAAAAUGGAGCAGACCUUAAUAGCAAAACAUAUGGCGAACAACAAACAGCUAUUUAUUAUGCAGCAAAAAAUGGCGCAGUAGAAUCAUUAAAAGUCCUACUACAGCAUGGUGCUAAUAUAGAAGACAAGGAUUACAAGCAAAGAACUCCUUUACAGAUAGCGGCAGAGCUAGAUCGCUCAGUAACUGCAAAAUUGUUAAUUGAUAAUGGAGCUGAUGCUAGUGUUUACGACAGCAGUAUGAUGACUGCAAUGGUAUUGCUCAUUCAAAAAAUGCCAUCAGUAGCUCUGGUUGCUCUUGAUCAGUUCCGUAACAUUAAUCGCGCGACACGCAAAGAGUAUUUUUACAUAAACUGUCUUGUUCCACCAAUUAAAGACAGUAAUUGCUUUGCAAAAUCACCACUGGAAGUAGCAGUUGAAACCAAUCAGUACAAUCUGGUUUUGCAUCCAGUUAUGAUGGAAUUAAUCAAGACAAAAUGGAAUGAAACAUCAAAACUAAGUGCUUUAAAAGUUAUUGCAAUAAACUUUGUAAAUUGUAUCAUGUGGACAACAUUGAUUUGCACAAAACCGACAGAUAAUAGAAAAAUAUAUGAAGGAAGUCGAAAAUACUGGGGUCCUGCACUUGAAAGCAUGGUGAUUAUCAUACUGAUAAUAAAUAUUGUAACGGAAAUAAUAGACUUUGUUAAAUCCAGAGAAAGAACAAAACGUUAUAAACAAUGGCGAAACCAUGAAAUUUGCAAAGAUUUAGAGUAUUGUCAUGAUAGAUGGCCUGAUGAACGAGCUUACUUAGAGCGAGAAAUCGAAGAGUUAAAAAAUUAUAGACUUGUAUAUUUGAAAGAUUACUGGAGAAUAUUUGACAGUUUUACUUUACUUUUAAUGGGAUCUGUAGUAAUUAUAAACAUAUGUGACAUUAUGUAUCAUAGCAAACUUACUAACGAGAUAUUCAAAGCAACAGCAUCAACCACAAUGAUAUGCAUGUGGCUACGCCUUCUUAAAUAUGCUCGACCAUUUCAAACAUUAGGUCUUUUUGUCGUCAUGAUAGGGUAUGUAGUGAGAGACACUCUUAAGAUACUAUUUCUAGGAGCUCAUAUAUUUAUCCCAUACAUUGCUUCUUUUUGGAUUAAUUUUGGUAUUGUUGGAACUGAAGGUUACACUAUGAACGGUUUAGAACUUUUCUGGAACAUUUUUCAAAUGGCUAUAAUAGCAGAUUGGAAUUUCGAUAAGCUUGUAGAAAAAGAUAAAGUGAUGGCCCAAAUUCUUUGUUCUACUUAUCUCUUUUCCGCAGGGCUAGUUUGCUUGAACCUUUUUAUUGCUUUGAUGUCAAACACAUUUCAAAGAGUGUACGACAAUGCUGUAGCAAAUGCAUUGAUGCAGAAAGCAGCUUACAUUGUUAACAAGGAAUUACACUUUUCCCACAAAAUGCAACUUCGACAUUAUGAAUGGAUCAAUUCUCACUGCGCACCUAAAAUUUUAUAUUAUGACGAUAGCGAAGUUAAUUCAUCUAAUAAUGAGCUCACAAACAAAACACAAGAAAUUGAUGAAAAGCUUGAUAAACUAAGUGAUGCAAUUGAAAGCAGGGAAAAAAAAAUUCAGAACAUAAUAAAAGACAACAACCAAACAUCAGUUGACAAUGACGCAUCUGCAGAAAUAAACGAGAUAAAAUCACUACAAAAGAUGGUAUAUGAACUUAAAGAAGAAUUCUAUAAGUCUAUGAUGCAAACAAGAAUAGAAAUUGCUGGACUCGGAUUAAUGAUUAAAGAUCUUAUCGAAAUACAAGAACCUAUUGACCAGAAUAGCAAAAUAAAUAACAAAGAACUUAUGAAAAAAUCUAGAGUAUCUAAAAACACAAAAGUGUUAAAAAUUAGUGAAGAAAACCAAAGAGAUAAUAUUAUACAGAGUUCUCCAUCUGAAAACCAUUACAAGAAUCAAUUAAAUGAAAACCUAAUGCAAAGAAAUAUAUGUCUAAAUAAAAAAAAUAAAAAACAAUUAUUAAAAGAAGCAUAUCCAUCUGAUUGUCAAGAGAUACACCAUCCGCAACCAAUUCUACAAGCAAAACACCAACUUUAUGAAAUGCAUUCCCAAGAGUUACAAGAUCAUAAAAAAGAUCUAAUUCUUUCAGACGAGUUUUUUGAAGGAUACGCAUUCCAAGAUACAGAGCAAAAACAGAAAACUUUUAUCCAAUCAAAGUGGAAAAAAAUAUUCUCUAAUGUUAUUUCAUCUAAAAAUAAAGAUAAUUUUGUGCAAAUAGAAAACGAAAAACCAUACACAGAAUCUUUUUUACCACAAUUAAAAAAUAACAAUAAUAGUUUGCAAGAAGACAACACAAAACAAUAAAAUCAAAGAAAAUAAAAAAUGAGUUUUGAAAAUUGAGCGAAUCUUACCAGUAAAUAGGCGUCACCACAAGUAAGAAUCAUUCUGUUGUCUUUACGAGCAGCCUGAAAAUUUUAACUAUGAGUUAUUAGAUACCAUAUUAUACGUGAAGUUUUGUUAAAAAUAAAAUUUACACAGAAAAGUAAAUAUCAAAGAGUUUACAAGAAAUCAAAUACUAAAAGCUUAAAACAUUUUAUAAAUAAUAAAAAAUCAUGAAAAGUCAGCUUAAUAGUAAUAAAACUUCACACUAAUAACAACCUGUAUUAAUUUGGAAUUGUCAUGGGAAGUUGCUAUCAAUGUAUCUACACCAAAUUUUCUCAGCUCCUUGCCUAACUCAUCCAGCAUUGUGUCACAUAUUACUUUUAAAGCAGAAGCAGGCCGAGGGACUAGUCGGGGUAUUCUUUUUAUAAUUGGAGGAGGGAUCGUUGCUUGUGGUUUCUUUUGAAACUAUGAAACAAAAAUUUAGUUAAAGUUUAAUUUUUAAAAAU